AUGCGUACCGUUCCGCUUCUGCAGCUGGCAUUGUGGACGUCGUCCGCCUCCGCAUUCUUCCCUUUCACCCCAGACUGGCUGCAGGAGCAGGAUGCAACAAUCUCCUCACGCGAGGCAAGUCGAAAUGUUGACGCGGAGGGCGCCUCAGGGUUUAGCUUGGGUCUCCAACGCAAGCCGGAUUUGGUCAGUACAUGGUGCGAGUCGUCCGAUCCGACGACGGUGCUAACCUUUGGGAUCCAGACAUCGACGAAGCCCGCCGAGAGAGCCGCUCAAGAGGCCAAGCGCCUGGCGACCAAGUACGGACGAUCCCGUUCCGCCCAAGCCGAGACUCGUCCCGAUGUCGCCAAGCGAUCCAACCAGUAUCAGGUCAUGGAGGCCGCCACCCCCUCCAACGACAUGACCGCCGGCAUCAACCAGGACGGGGCAGACUACUCCUAUUUUGUCACGGUCAAGCUCGGGUCAAAAGGCAAGUCCAUGUACAUGCUGGUCGACACGGGCGCCGGCUCUAGCUGGGUCAUGGGCUCCUCAUGUACAGACAAGGCCUGCACCAUGCACAACACGUUCGGCCCCGGCGACUCGAACACGUUUCAGACGGCCAACAAGGACUUUUCCAUUUCGUACGGAUCGGGUACCGUGCGUGGAACCCUGGCCACCGACACCAUCUCCUUGGCCGGUGUCUCGUUCACGUACAACUUUGGCCUCGCCUCCAACACGUCAGACGACUUCACCCGCUUUGCGUUUGACGGCAUUCUGGGCCUGUCCAUGAGCCAGGGCGCCAACGACAACUUUAUCAAGUCGAUGGGAGACGCCAAGAAGCUCGACAAGAACAUGUUUUCCAUUGCCCUGAACCGGGCUUCGGACGGCACCAAUACGGGUGAGAUCCGGUUUGGGUCGACCAACUCGGACAAGUACACGGGCGAUAUCACGUACACGUCCGUGAGCUCCAGCGACGGAGACUGGGCCAUUCCCAUCGACGACAUGGCGUAUGGCGGAUCAAAGGCUCAAGCCGGUGGAGUCAAGAGCUACAUCGACACGGGCACCUCGUUCAUCUUUGGCCCCGCAGACCUGGUCAAGAAGGUGCACAGCGUCAUCCCCGGCUCCGAGAGCAGUGACGGGUUGACCUACACGGUCCCCUGCGACAGCAACAAGCCCCUGACGCUGACCUUUUCGGGGGUCGACUUUACGAUUUCUCCCACUGAUUGGGUUUCGCCCAAGGACAGCUCGGGCAAGUGCACGAGCAACGUUUACGGGCACGAGGUUGUGACGGGCGCCUGGCUCCUCGGCGACACGUUUCUCAAGAACGUGUAUGCCGUCUUUGACAAGGACCAGAAGCGUUUCGCGAAGCUUGCUGGCGCGAGCAAGACCAGCUCAAGCUCGAUUAGCAGCAAAGGAACGGCCUCGGCGACGGGAACUUCGACGACAUUGGUCACCGGCGUGAGCUCGCAGCAGUCGGGCAAGCCGACGAUGGGCCUCGGCGGCCAUGAGACGCAGACUACCGGCACCACGGCCACUGGCGACGCCGUCAAGCCGUCAGAGACGUCGCACUCUGCAGCCCCGGCCGGUGGCGCGCGCAUCAGCACCAAGCUCUGCACGGGUAUGGUGAUGGCGGCGCUCGUGGCGGCGCUGGCCUGA